CCUGGUGGCUGCACGGCGCGGCGGGGUGCGCCAGGCAGACCCGGCCGCCGCGGCUCCUCGGCGCGCGGCCCAGCACCUGCUGCCCUCGCCCGGCCCGGGGCGCCGCUGCCAUGCGGCUGGCGCUGCUCUGGGCCCUGGGGCUCCUGGGCGCAGGCAGCCCUCUGUCCCCCCGGCCGCUCGCAGAUAUAGGUGGCACUGAGGAGGAGCGGGCACGGCCAGAAGGGGCCCGGCGUGGACCCUCGGAGCCCCAGAUCCUUCCGGACAUCCCGACACUCAGCCUCACAGAGAUGUUUCAGACCAAGCUGCCUGAGGCCUUGCGGAUCCAGUUGGAAUUGGAUGGUGAGAGUCACGUUCUGGAGCUGCUACGGAACAGGGAGCUAGUCCCAGGCCGCCCGAGCCUGAUGUGGUACCAGCCUGACGGCUCCCGUGUGCUCAGUGUGGGACACACUCUGGAGAACUGCUGCUACCAGGGAGCGGUGCAGGGCCGCGUGGGCUCCUGGGUCUCUGUCUGCACCUGCCCAGGGCUCAGGGGUUUGGUGAUCCUGUCCCCAGAGAGAAGCUACACCUUAGACCUGGAGCCAGGGGACCUCCGGGCCCCCCCGAAUAUCUCCCGGAUCCAAGACCUCUUCCUGCCAGGCCACACUUGUGCCCUGCGCUGGCGUGCGUCUGUGCCCACCCAGGCUGCCCUGGAGCCACCCCGGGGAAGGCCCCACAGCCACACGCAUCGGCGGAGGCGGGAUGUGGUGACAGAGACCAAGACCGUCGAGCUGGUGAUCGUGGCCGACCAUGCGGAGGUCCAGAGGUACCCGGACUCCCAGCACCUGCUGAACCGCAUGCUGAAAGUGACCCUCCUCCUGGACACUUUCUUCCGGCCCCUGAAUGUGCGGGUGGUGCUCGUGGGCCUGGAGGCCUGGACCCAGCGGGACCUGGUGGAGAUAAGCCAGGACCCAGGUCUCACGCUAGACAGGUUCCUCCACUGGCGCCGGAGAGAUCUGCUGCCUCGACUGCACCACGACAGUGCCCAGCUGGUGACCGCUACUUCAUUCUCUGGGCCCACGGUGGGCAUGGCCAUUCAGAACUCCAUCUGUUCUGACUUCUCCGGAGGUGUGAACAUGGACCACUCCACCAGUGUCCUGGGACUUGCAUCCUCCAUAGCUCACGAGUUGGGCCACAGCCUGGGCCUGGACCACGACUUGCGCGGGCACAGCUGUCCCUGCCCAGGGCCGGCCCCUGCCAAGAGCUGCAUCAUGGAGGCCUCCACGGACUUCCUGCCGGGCCUGAACUUCAGCAACUGCAGCCGGCAGGCCCUGGAGAAAGCCCUGCUGGAAGGGAUGGGCAGCUGCCUCUUUGAACGGCUGCCCAGCCUGCCCUCUCUGGCCACUGUCUGCGGGAAUAAGCUGGUGGAGCCCGGCGAGCAGUGUGACUGCGGCUUCCCGGAUGACUGCACCGACCCCUGCUGUGACCACGUCAGCUGCCAACUGAGGCCCGGGGCACGGUGCGCGUCCGACGGGCUCUGCUGUCACAACUGCCAGCUGCGCCCGGCCGGCGGGCAGUGCCGCCCGUCCAGAGGGGACUGCGACUUACCCGAGUUCUGCUCAGGAGACAGCCCGCAGUGCCCUCCCGACGUCAGCCUGGGAGACGGCGAGCCGUGCGCGGGGGGCCAGGCCGUGUGCGUGCGGGGGCGUUGCGCCUCGUAUGCCCAGCAGUGCCAGGCUCUCUGGGGACCUGGGGCCCGGCCCGCCUCGCCACUUUGCCUCCUUGCUGCCAACACUCGAGGGGAUGCCUUUGGGAGCUGUGGGCGCAGCCCUAAUGGCAGCUACGUGUCCUGUGCCCCUAAAGACGCCAUCUGUGGGCAGCUCCAGUGCCAGGGGGGGCAGGCCCAGCCUCUGCUCGGCUCAGCCCGGGGUCUGCGCUGGGAGAUGCUAGAAGCCAACGGGACCCAGCUGAAGCUGAAUUGCAGUUGGGUCCACCUGGACCUGGGCGACGACGUGGCCCAGCCCCUGCUGACUCUGCCUGGCACGGCCUGUGGGCCUGACCUGGUGUGCAUUGACCGCCGGUGCCAGCCCGUGGACGUCCUGCGAGCCCAGGAAUGUCGAAGCAAAUGCCACGGACACGGGGUGUGCGACAGCAAAGGACAUUGCCACUGUGAGGCGGGCUGGGCCGCCCCUGACUGCACCAACCGCGUCAGAGCAACCAGCCCCCUGACCACAGGGCUGCCCCUCAGCCUCCUGCUGUUGGUGGUCCUGCUGCUGCUGGGGGCCAGCUACUGGCACCGUGCCCGCCUGCGUCAACGGCUCUGUCAGCUCAAGGGACCCAGCUGCCAGUACAGGGCAGCCCAGUCUGGUCCCCCAGAACGCCCAGGACCCCCGCAGAGCGUCCUGCUGAUGCCAGGGGCCAAGCAGGCCAGUAUUCUUGGCUUCCCGGCACCCCCGUCCCGGGCGCUGCCUCCCGACCCUGUGCCCAAGAGACUCCAGGCUGAGCUGGCUGACCGGCCCAAUCCCCCCACCCGCCCUCUGCCCGCUGACCCGGUGCUGAGGCAGCCGAAGGUAACGUGGGGAGAGGAGGGUGCCGCCUCUCCCCCACUCAGGACUGUGGUGUUAAGAGCCCUGGCAGUCGUGGCCAUGUCUCAGGGGCCUGCCAAGCCCCCACCCCCGAGGAAGCCACUGCCUGCCAACCCCCAGGGCCGGCGCCCUUCGGGUGACCUGCCUGGCCCAGGAGCUGGAAUCCCGCCCCUAGUGGUACCGUCCAGGCCUGCGCCGCCGCCCCCAGCAGCGUCCUCGCUCUACCUCUGACCUCUGCUGAGGUUCCGCUGCCUGCAAGCGGAACUUGGGACUUCAAGAGGCGGACUGGCCCCUGGCGUCCCCCACGAUGACUGAAGGAGCCGGAGCCUGGACACGGCGGAGUGGGCAGCCUAAGACUCCGGGCACCUCCACGCGCCGACGAGCAGCACCCUAGGGACCCGCCAGGCAGUUGCAGCUGGGGGUGGGAAGGGGCUGGGCGCCGUCCUGGGCUGAGGGAGGUGCACACAGCCUGUCCCUGCUCUGGUGCAAUAAACCUGAGGUCUGGGGAGCGUGCCUCGGACUUUGUCUGCUCGGGGAAGGCCAGGUCGCCCUGCUGCGGUUCCAGGUCUGGCCGCCAGGAGGCGCUGCCGCCUCGGACGUAGGCGGGCAAGGGAGGGCGAAGAGUCCCAGGCUGGGUCAGCGUGUGUGUCCCCGGGAUGCUCGCGGCUGGUUUCUGCCCAGUCUGGGAUGUCUCUGCGCAAUCCAGUAUCCAGGGAGUUGUAAAUCCCCGUGCCGCCCCCAGUCGCCAAGUCCUUGCGCCCAAGUGUGCGCGGCCCCCAGAGGCGGCUAUCCACGAACCGGCCCAGCUGUUGGACCGCCGUCCCCACCCUCUGAUCAGUAGCUGGGAAAAGUGGAUCUGGCUGGUGUUCUCAGAGCCCUGGAGCCGGGGCGGAGCGGGGCGGCGGCUCCCACGAUCCCAAGGCCGUGCACCUGCCUCCUCCCCCUCCCCUGCCCCACCUGAGGGCUUGGGAACAAAGGUGCUUUGUACAGGACGCAACCACCUCAUUAUUUCGACUUCGGGAAUGGGGCCGCGUGGGCCCCCAGCCCAGAAUGAAGGUGUGGGGCGUAAAGGGACAGGCGCCAACCCCAAGAGAAGCGGGCCGGGACCGGCCGGACCAGACCAGAGCGGAC